GAAUUGAUCAUUGCUGACAUCGUGUGUGUGAAGCUGGCGGGAACAGGUUCUCAGAACAAGUUGAAACUUUGUCAGAAUUACGUCCAUAUUACGUCCAUUUACGUCCCGUAAUUACAUAUUUUCGUCCUACUUCCUACUUCCAUAAGUGCCAGAUAAAGAUAGAAAGUAAUUAAAAAUCUCCAUUUUUUUAAAAAAAAAUAAUUUUUGUGCGUCAUAUUCUGAAAAACAGUUUACUGUCUUCCUCAAAAUGGCGCACGUCAAUCUAAAAUGACUCAAGUCAAGUCAAAAGUACUCUUUAGGCGCGUAAAAAGGGGGAGGGAGUGGGGGGUUGAGUGACAAAUCCUCCUAGCUACGCCCCUAGUGCUCUUCAAUGAUACUCUAAAGCAGUGUGGUCAGGGGCCUAGCCAGGAAUUUGAAGCGAGGAGAAGGGAAGGCAUUUUAGGAGGUUAAGAUUUUUUUAUAAAAACCCUAGCAAAAUGAAGAAUUUAAAUCCUCUACUUAUCAUAAUCUGAAGCUGUUAAAAAUAUAAAAAUGACUUUUACCUCACACAAUAAACCAUGUUCAACACAAUGAUCAAGUAAUAUCCAACAACUUCCUGUACAACCAAUCUAAUUUGACUUUUCAAAAAUUGUUCUUUUACUUUUCAUUUAUUGAAAUCAUUUUAACUAUUCAACAUGACGUUAAAGUUGAUUCUGCUGUUUUUAAUAAGCUUGACUAGCUUUGCCACAUCACAACCCAACUUCAACAUUUCAGCAUUUGACAGUCAGCUUCAUGACAUUUUUAAUGGAUUGGUUCAAACUGAGACGAAAGUUGGAAGCUUUUUGAGUAAUUUAAGCAGCUUUGUAGGCGAUGUAAAUUUAAAGUUAAACAAGUCACGACUUUAUAUGGAACUUAGCCAUCUUCAAUUGGUUCUACAGCUUCAAAGCAGCAUUUGGAACUAUGAAUCAUAUCAACAAUUGACAGGCUGCAGCAAUGUGGCAUCAAAAAUAUCAGAAAUUGAAGUCGAUUUGAUGAAAUUCGCAGAUUUUGUGGAUCGAUUGGAACUAAACAUGACUGAGCUGUACCAAAGGAACUUACGUGUCACUUACGAAUUAAUGCUGAGGCCUAAGCAGAUGGAAGGUUCACAACAAGAUGUUAUAGACAUUAUUAUGAAUGUAAAUGAGGCAAUGGUUCAAUAUUUGUUCUACAUUUUGCAGCUUCAAGUCAACAUCAAGUACGAGAAGUCAAUAGCUUCAAAUUUAAAGCUUUACCUGAAACAUUAUUGUAAAUGCAGAGAUAGUACAAAUGACGUAGCUCAAAUGACUGAGAAUUCACCAUCUAUAGACAAUAUGGAAGCUCCUCUUAUUGGCAAGCAAGCUAGACUUGUAUCUGCAGCUAAUAAUACCUUAAGUGAAGCACAGAACCUGACAGAAUCCAAAAAUGUAACUGGAAAAGCAAAAGUUUUGACUAGAAAAGUGUCAGCUUUAUGCCGAAAAAUAGGAAAGUUUGAGGACUUAGGCAAUUCCACUUCACUUGCCACAAAUUCCUGCUCAAUUUUGACAAAAAAUCAAAACUUUCUAAUCUAUCGCAGGUUCCGGUACACACAGGCGUUGUCAUUUGUGUCAACUAGCAGUUCUGUCCUUGGAUUCUUCAGAGAAUCUUUUAAGGAUAUAUUGAAUGGAACAGCUAAGCAGGAAUUAAAGUCAUUUAAUUCAUCCUUUAAUGUCCUUGAUAGUGAGCUCAAAAAAUAUGCAACGGAACUGAAAUAUCAAUUGUCGUCGUCCGGAAUACUAAAAAUUAUUCGACAAAAUAUACAAACUAUUUUAUUGUUCUGUGGAUGUACAGCUGCUAGAACUGAAACAACACCAACUGGUAUGACAACGACUAAGGCACUGGCAACUACAACAACCUCAACAUCAUUAGGAACCAAAACAACGACUAAAUUGACGACUUUUGGAACAACUUCAACAUCCAGUAAAUCCAUGACUACCUCAACAUCCACUGGAUCUCCGACAUCUAAUAAUCCUUUAUCGACUGCAAUAUCCAAGACACAACCAACAUCCAGCAGCCUAUCAACAACAACACCCAAAAUCCAACCAAGUUUACCAAAAACCUCAACUUUAGCGCCCUACUCAAAUCCAGCAUGCAGCUUCACAAAAACUCUUUCUGACAGAAAUGGAAAUUACAUCAAGACAGCCUGCUUAAUCGAAACUGCAUCUAAUGGAAGCUAUGCCAAUUCAACAUGUCAAGACAAUUUCAUGCAGUUGAUGGCUGUUGAUUCCAACAUGACGCAAACAGCUUUGACUAUUUUCGUCCAGGAAACUUUAUCGGAAGGAACUUUUUGGAUCAAUGGUGGAAAUGGAAGUGAUAUUUGUAAUUUUAUUGCUGUUAAUGGAACUGGACCAACUAUAAAUCAAACUAAAUGCAGUUGGUACCAAUAUUAUAGCAUCUGCGAGUAUAAAGAUCCGAAAGUUCCAGUAAAAGUCAAUUUUGAACCAAAUCUCGAUGCUUGUGGACUUGUCCUUCCGAUUAUGGGCAAUGACUCUUCUAGGUAUGCAUGUUUUAUGUCCUACACAAGAUCAUAUGAUGACUCAAGCUACAACUGUAUGCUUAAUGGAAUGGAAAUGUUCAAAGUAGCACCAAUGUCAGUUGUUGGAGAUCUAAAUGACUUUUUUGUUAGAUUUUAUGGCAAAAAUUCGGGUGUUGUUAUGUGGAUCAAUGGAACAGCUCAGGCUGGAAGCUGCUCAUUCUUGGAUGGAAGCAAAAAUCCGUUUGAAGUUGCUCGAGGUGAUUGUGAUCAGCUUUAUUGGAGUAUUUGUGAAACUGCUUAUGAUGGAACUUACUAAGGAUAUGUUGUAUAACGGUUU